AGAAGUUCACAAUCCCGGGACUUUAGAAAUCUGUUGGGCUCGUCUGUGUACUGUACCGCCGAACAUUUCAUGUGGAAAUCUGGACACAGGAUAACAACCACACUGUAUACGUAAGAGAGAUUCUCCAGUUGCCAUUUACGGGUUGGGGCCCUCUACCCACAACAUCCCACCAUGCCUCUGGUUACGAGGAAUAUAGAGCCGCGGUAUGUGUGUCGCCAGACCAUCCCUUCCAACAUCCGCAGUGAACUGGAAUGUGUCACCAAUAUCAGCCUGGCCAACAUCAUCCGUCAGCUCGGCAGCCUCAGCAAAUAUGCAGAGGAUGUGUUCGGGGAGCUGUUUAUCCAGGCUAAAGCAUUUACGCUGAGAGUUAAUACACUGGGAGAUCGAGUGGAUCGUCUGCAGGUUAAAGUCACCCAGCUGGACCCCAAAGAAGAGGAGGUCUCUCUGCAGGCCAUCACUACCCGUAAGGCCUUCCGCAGCAGUCUGACCCAGGACCAGCAGCUGUUCACCAGGCCAUCUCUGCCAAUGCCUGUACAGGAAACCUACAUAACCUGUAAUCCGCCCCCACCACUCAACUACCUCAGCCAAUACCGGGAUGAUGGGAAGGAGGCCCUGAAGUUUUACACUGAUCCCUCCUACUUCUUUGAACUGUGGAAGGAGAAGAUGCUGCAGGACACCAAGGACAUCAUGAAGGAGAGACGCAAACACCGAAAGGAGAAGAAAGACCAUCUUAACCAGCGGACACUCAAUCCGCGAAAGAUCAAGACCAGGAAGGAUGAAUGGGAACGCCGAAAGAUGGGGGAGGAGUUUGUGGUGCCAAAGAAUGAUUUGAUGAAUUCUUCUGAGGGCCUAAAUGGAAGUAUUGGAUCUGGAGAUGGCUUCAAUUCUGAAGGCCUCGAGAUGAGUACCAGCUCCUACGCUUAUGAACCCGGCUCCCCUCUCUCUCCGCCUAGCACUGAUGACUUCCUGCCUCCUCCACCUCCAGACAUGGCGUAUAAUGACGGAGGAUAUGGAGUUCCAACCCCGAAGAGUCCAAACCACCCACCUCCUGAUCCCCCCAUGGCCUCUCCCCCUUCCAACUCUCGACCCAACCUCGCCCCUCCCCCUGCACCUCCUCCCCCUCCUCCAUCCUCUGGCUAUGGGGCUCCACCACCUCCCCCAGGCUUCGACAGCGCUCCUUCCCCUCCUCCGUUCUCCUCUUCCUCUGCAUAUCCCUCCCCACCUGCUCCCCCCCCUCCACCUUCUAUGUCCACUGUUCCGCCUCCUCCACCACCACCUAUGCCUGCAGGUGGUGAUGGUCCUCCACCUCCUCCUCCUCCACCUCCCCCUGGCCCACCUCCCUCAUCUUUUGACCACUCUGCUCCCCGUCCUCCCUCCGGUGCUGCUCCAAAACCUGAGCCAGAACCUGCUGAUGAUGCUCGCACUGACCUGCUGCAGGCCAUCCGACAAGGUUUCAACCUACGUAAAACGGAGGCACAGCGGGAGCAGGAGAAGAGGGAUCACUUUGGCAAUGAUGUGGCUGCCAUCCUGUCCCGUCGCAUUGCUGUAGAGUGCAGCGACAGCGAGGAUGACUCCUCAGAGUUUGACGAUGAAGAGUGGUCCGAGUAAUAGUCAUUCCCUUUUCACAUUCACAGCCACCUCUGUUUCUUUCCUCAGCCUGAAACGACAUCCUUGUGUUUCCAUUCAAAUCCCAUUCUUAAGUACCAGUGAAGCAGAGGUCCUUGUUCUGUGCGUGUCAGAGUGUGUGUUAUGCACAUAUUGUAUGUCAAGUGACCCGUUACUAAUCACAUUCCUUGAACCAAAUAUUUUAUUUAUCCAACAUUAUUCCGAUCAGUGCAAAAGUAUAAAGUCGGAGCGUGAGUGUGCCUGGUUGUUUCCCCAUUUGCUUUCAUUGAAUGACACACUGCUGUUAUUGAUGUGCGUGUCAUAUGACGUGACACACUGCUGAGUCUCUGUGUAAACAGAUCAACUCUGUCUUUAUCUCAGUGUCUAUUAGAACCGGGUGCCUUUCAAUGUCUGAUUUCAUCUGCUUUAGUAUAUUAUGCCAAAGGAUAAUAGAGAGGGAGCACAGUAUCUGUAUGUGCUCAGUAGAAAGACAUAAAAGGUUGACGUCAAAACAUUCUCACUCAUAGAUUAUAUGAUAAAGUACAUGUAAAGUUUAUGUAACAUAUUGAAUCAUAUCUAAAGAUAAUUAUGCAAUCCUUUCAUAUCCCUUUAAAGCAGGGAUCUUUUUUAAUCACUUUUCCGUUCCUCACUUUUGAGUUCUCUUUUUUUCUUUCUGUGGUUGUUGUGGGAACAAUUCACUUGUGGAUGAAACAUGGUUGUAGUUUAGAAACAAACUCAUUAAUUAUCUAAUCAGCGUGAUGGGUAAGCAUUGGCUCAUGGCAGACACCUGAGGUGUUUGAUGAGAUCGCCAUACUGAACAUAUGUAGACGUUUAACACAAAUAUGAUUCAUUUUGUGUUGUGUUUGAGCUCUGUGAUGCAUUUCUUCCUGCAGAUUUCCUUGUUUUACUUUUUAUGGGGAUCAACUAGGCUCUGGUGCUUUAAUCACUACUCUGUGUGUAGACUCAGGCAGCAUUUGGCCAGCUGCCUGAGAAGUGCCUUUUUUAUACUGCAUUUUAGCAUCAGUGCAGUUUUAUGUUGCUUAUCCACACUGGCCACAGAUCAGCUUCUUCCAAAAAUAUGAUCAGCUGUGAUGAUGGAUCAAAUGUGGAACUUACUUUAGUGUGGACCACAUAUUUGUUAAGUGCCUUUUUAUUUUAAAUCUGCCUGUGUUCAAAUCAUACAGCAUGCUUUGCCAAAGCUUCUCCUGCCUUAAAUUUCCAUAUGAUUUAUAGUUAUUUCAAUAAAGAGAGUGAAUUACAA